AUGAGCAAGGAGGGUCCGGGGCCGGUGAAGCCCCCCAAGACGUCCCCAGUAUGCCUCCCAGGCCCCGGGGAGAAGAUCCUGCAGGACUUCCAGGUCCUGGUGCAAAAGGUGGGGGGCCGGCCUGAGGUGCUGCUCAUCGGGGAGACCCUGGAAGGCCAGGACAUCCACGGCAUGAUGACCUCCUUCGUCCAGGACCUCUUCUCCGCCACCUGCCAGCCGGUCCACCCCGCGGAUGCCCUCAAGGAGCCCUGCAGCGCCGCCUGCUCCAUGGGCGGCAAACAGUGCCAGCUGGUCUUCUUCCUGUGCCGCGCCUCGUGCAUGAAGGACAAGCAGGCCGAGCUGCACAAGGUGCUCAAGGAGGUGAAGAAGCUGGUGCAGAAGUCCCCCUGCGCCCUGGUGGGCAUCAUCAUGGAGCCCACCGCCGGGGAGGCCGAGGCGGCACGCGCCGAGCUGCUCCGUCUGCUCCGCGGCGUCUUCCCCAAGGCCCCGAAGCGGGGCAAGGCGGCCUCCAGCAAGGGGGACCGGGGCAAAGGCGGGCCGAUGGAGCUGGAAGACGUGGAGGUGGAAGCGGAGGUCUACGUGCCGGGCCAGCCACGGGGGAACUUGGCCAUCAUGAAGGCGGCUUGCCGCGCCUCGGACGCCCUGACCAACAGAGGUUUGCCGGACGAGGUCUCUAAGGAUCCACUAACCGUUGCAGGUUCUUCCAGGGUCUUGACCAUCUUCAAGGGCCUCGUCUGGACCGGGUGCGUGGCUGGCCUGGCUUCCGCGGCAGGGUGGUACUUGUACCAGCAAGGCCUCAUCCCGCCCGACAUGAUCCCCGUAGGCUUCUUCCCCUUUGCAUGAGAUUCUGGAUUCAUCUGGAUUUCAGCUGUCCUGCAGAAUAAAACCAACAGC